UGAUCAAUUGUAAAUGAAAUGAAAAUGUCGGCCAUUUGUAACAGUCACAGCCGUAUUUCAUUUUAUUAUUAGCGUCGUGUACGUACAAGCAUCGUGGCGAAAUACCCUUUAAAAUCAUUGAUUAUUUUGAGGCAUUUGUAUUUAAUAUUAAAAUUGGAAGAUUCACAAACAAAAUAACGUCACCACAAUGGGUGAAAAACCUGAAGUGAAGCUGGAAUCACUUCUGAAUCUUGAUGACUUGUUACAAUGCCCUGUUUGCUAUGAGAUACCACCUGGGCAGAUCUUCCAAUGUAAUGAGGGCCAUCAUGUUUGUGGGGGCUGCAAAUUGCGUCUGGAUGUGUGCCCCGUCUGCCGUGCACUCUUCUUUGGCACGCGGAACUAUGCCAUGGAAGAGUUAAUAUCAAAUUUUAGGAAAAUGCGCAGCCUUAAAAAUAGUAGCAAAGCUUCUGGUUCUGGCUCAUCACAGAGCAGUACACCAGCACAAGAAAAUGCCUCCGAGGAAUGUGAAAAUAAUGCCAAUGAAGAUGAGGAUGGACAAAGUGUUAUAAACAAUUAUUUUGAACGCAACCGAAGACCCCCACAGGCAUGCAGCGGACUUUUCAGAUGCCUUUGUUGUAAGCCAGGCAGCACAGCUAGAUUACCAGCUGCACGUUUACUCAACCAUCUGCGUUAUUUUCACGCUCCUGAUUUAAUAGAGGGUCGCUCUGAGAAUGGAGAGUACUUACAAGCGUGGCAGUUUGCAACUGUGCCGGGCAAAUUUGUCAUUGCUGUAAGGAUAGCUGACAUGGGCAUAUUCUUCUUGACAAUAGAUAUAACUGCCACAACAUUGUGUGCAUGGGUGUCGAUGGCCGUGUCUCCGUGGAUUGCCCACGAGUUCACCUACACUAUUACCAUUUGUGGUAAUGACCGUGAAGCUAUAUUUUCUGAUAGUGUAUGGUCAGUGAGAUCCUGCGAAGGCACGCUGAAGAAGCGCGGCAACUGUCUGGUGGUGAGCGACGCGGACGCCCUCGCGCUCACCGCGCCGCCCACCAUCAGCGGCAAGCUGUCCGUGCGCCGCGUGCCCUUCAGCGAGCUCACCGCGCAGACCUCGCCGCGCACCGUGCUGCGCAUCGCCAACAGAGUGCAGCUGCCGGACGACAUGGACGACUUCGUGCACGACGUGCGGAACCACAUGGAUCCCUUCGUGCACGACGUGCGGAACCACUUGGAUCCCUUCGUGCACGACGUGCGGAACGACUUGGAGCCCUUCGUGCACGACAUACAGGACAACGUCGCGCGACUCACGCAAGUGUUCGCCAACCUGGACCGCCAGGCCUCUCUGUUGCAAUCGAGAAUUGAGCAGAGCGUGCAACCGCAGGCUUCCACAGCCCACAACGCUGCUCAGGCGUCCGAUUCAGAUGUGGAGCCACCCCAGCCGAGUGAACCACGUGAGCCACGUGAGCCACGUCCCGAAGCGGGCCUUUCGAGACACGCGCGGAAACGCCUGAAGCAGCGCAUGCGAGCUGCACUCGACCGACCCAUACCACCGGAUGCCUCCACUAGUAAUAUUCAAAAUCAACCUUCUCAAUCUAGACAAAAUGGUCCGGUCUCUCAGCCGAGUCAGAAUGUUUCUCAAGGUACAUCUGCCACAUCAACCGCACAGAGAAAUAAUAACCGUCAGAGUGCAGAGAAUCUCGGUGCAACAGAAAAUGGUCCACACAGACAGCAUCGCAACAAUAUACUGAAUGAUGAAAUGCAUGAUGAAGUAUAUAAUGGAGUAGCAUAUAAUUUAACUAGUCAGUCUGCACCCGCGGCUCCUACAGCGUCCUCGUCCACUGCGGCACAGUCUUCUUCGCAGACCGGCAACGGCAACCGCAACAAGAAAAAGCGCCGCCACCGCAGAUGAACAUUUAUUUAGUAUAUCGAUUUUGUUACUUAUACAAAAUAAGUUAUUGACAAAUAUAAUUUUUUUUUACAUUAUAUUCGUCCUGUGACAAUCCUCUGGGGGGUCUGACGUGCAUAAUAUAAUAAAACAUGUUUCAGUUUUUACAUAAUAUGUUAUCUGUCUUUGACGCCGCAAUCUUUACAAGUGCUGUGAUAUAAAAUGAAUUCAUGUUCAAAUUCAUUAUUAGGUUACGUGAAUUUUUCAUUGUUUGAACUGUUCCCCAGAGUUGAAUAUUUGGUGUUUGUUGUCAAAAAAAAAAUGAUGUUUAUUGCGAGUAUGUUGUAUAAUAGGAGGUAUGAAUAUUACUAGUGUUAAAAUAUUAGUUAAUUAAUGAAUUCAAUGGCUAUUUGGUUAUUAUUAUCCAAAAUUCUGAUAUACAAUUACAUUUAAUAUACAUAUUAUGUUUAAUAGCGACGUGUUAUUCAAUUUGAUAACUAAUAGGUUAAAAUAUACUGUAAUAAGAAUUAAAA